AUGUUGGUCAAAGUGGAAUAUGCAGCUUCUUUAAAACAAAUGUAUUGGUGUGUCAUCUUGCUACACAAAGGCCCUUAUUUGUCCUCACAGCAGGUCAGAGAUUUUUCUGGUCUGCCAGGCCUUGAAGAAGUCAUUCUGUCAUCAGGAGGGAUCGAGCAAAUUGACGCUAAUGUAUUCAGAUCUCACGUGUCAUUAAGAGCUCUGGAUCUUCAAAAAAACAAGCUUCACUACCUUCCCUGUGGCCUGCCCUCUGGUCUAGAGAUCCUCCAUCUGGGUCACAAUAGGAUAGUUGGCCUGCAAGAGUCUUCCCUGGAGGUCCUCAAGAAGCUACGGAUCUUGAACCUCCAGAACAACCAGAUUAGCCUCUUGCGUGCCAACACCAUAUCAGCACUUGAAAAACUAGAGUGCCUCUAUCUUGAUGGUAAUAAAAUUGAGUCAAUACAAGGUACCCUCAGGUUGCCCUUCCUAAAUUUACUCAGCUUGAGAAGCAACAGGAUCUCCUCAGUACAUCCAGCAUUCAUCUCCUCACUGAGGCUUCUGAAGACCUUAGAUUUCUCUUCAAAUCACCUUACAAAAGUUCCAAAUGAUCUACCUCAAUCUCUGAUUCAUCUAAAUUUGGACAUGAAUCAAAUCCGAACUUUGAGGAAUCGUGACAUGUCCCAGCUGAAAAAUCUUGUUACUCUUUCUGUGAGCUCUAAUAUACUAGUAUCAGUGGAUGGGGGUCUUCGACUGCCCAGCCUCUCUGUGUGUGAGUUGGCAGGGAACCAACUAAGAAUGUUGCCAGGCAGGUUGGCCUCUAAACUUGAGAAGCUAGACUGCAGGCAGAACAAUAUCCAGGAAGUCACCUUUCAGCAGCUAGCAGGGAUGAAACAGCUUAAACAUCUCUUUCUGGAGAACAACACUAUCCAGAGCUUUGAAGCCAAUGCCCUGAGGAACUGCAUCCAACUAACCAACCUGGCUUUAGAACAGAAUCUCCUCUCUGUUAUUCCUCAUGGGCUUCCCGAAACUCUGGUACGUUUGGAUCUGAAGGGGAACAACAUUGAGACAAUACAAGAGCGUGAGCUAAGAUCUCUCAGACGACUGCAAGUGUUAAAUAUACGCAACAACAAACUCUCUACCCUGCCUGCACUCAACCUGCUACCAAAACUAAAACUGCUCUAUUUGGAUGGAAACCCAUGGCAGUGCAGCUGUAAACUUCUUAAGGUCAAAAAGGCACUUUUAGCACAGAAUGUGGAAAUCAGCCCUGAAAUUUGCAGUGAGCCUGUCUAUGCAUCUCUUGAUGAAUGGCGAGCAUACAUAUUAGCGCAAGAUAUCUGUGAGGAACAGACCGAAGAUUCAUUCUUGGAGAGCCAAGCUGAAUUCACAGACAAUGAGGAAUAUGAUGAUUAUGAUUUAUAA